UGCACACAAUGCAUCAGUGAAGACGGCACACACCAUCAGCACAUGGAAACAUGGAUUCCUGCCAAUGAGCCUUGCAAGAUCUGUACAUGUCUUGAUAACAAUAAAGUAAACUGCACGGUCCGACCUUGCCCUACUGCCAAACCUGUUCAGUGUGGUCCCUGUGAAGUUCCUCGUCUGCACAGGGACCCCAGCCAGUGCUGCCCCGAGUACGAGUGUGUCUGUGAUCUGGUUUCCUGUGAUUUGUCUCCUGUCCCUGUCUGUGAGUUUGGCCUGCAGCUUGCUUUGACCAACCCUGGAGAAUGCAGACCAAAUUACACAUGUGAGUGUAACAGAGAGGCAUGCAGCUUAGUUCAAAGACCUUCCUGCCCGCCGCAUCGAGAGCUGACUGUUAAGAAGACUGAGUGCUGUGAUAAAUAUGAGUGUACCUGCAGCUGUACGAACUCAACAGUGAGCUGUCCUCUGGGAUAUCUAUCCAGAUCUCUCACCAAUGACUGCGGCUGCAUGUCUACCACCUGUAUUCCAGGCAGG